CGCCUCCCUCGCCCCAACAGCAGCAGCGGCGGCGGCACCAUCUUGUGUUACGGAGGAAGAAGGCGGCCCCCUGGAGGGGCUGGGGCCUGGCUUCCCCCCUCCUUUUUUAGGUGUCUUCAUAAAAUGCCUGCCGAGGGUCCCCUCUCGCCGCUGCUCCGUUCCAAGAUGGCGUCGAUGCGGGAGAGCGACACGGGCCUGUGGCUGCACAACAAGCUGGGCUCCACGGACGAGCUGUGGGCCCCGCCGAGCAUCGCCUCGCUGCUCACCGCCUCGGUCAUCGACAACAUCCGCCUCUGCUUCCACGGCCUCUCCUCGGCCGUGAAGCUGAAGCUGCUGCUGGGGAUGCUGCACCUGCCCCGCCGCGCCGUGGACGAGAUGAAAGGUGCACUGACUGAAAUUAUCCAGCUUGCUACUUUGGAUCCAGACCCCUGGGUCUUAAUGGUGGCUGAUAUUUUAAAAUCCUUUCCAGAUAUUGGCUCCCUUAACCUUGAUCUGGAAGAGCAGAAUCCCAAUGUUCAGGAUAUUUUAGGAGAAUUACGAGAAAAAGUGAGUGAAUGUGAAACAUCAGCCAUGUUGCCAUUGGAAUGCCAGUACUUAAACAAAAAUGCCUUGACCACAUUGGCUGGACCACUUACACCUCCAGUGAAACACUUCCAGCUCAAACGCAAACCAAAAAGUGCCACUCUCCGAGCAGAGCUUUUGCAGAAAUCUACUGAAACUGCACAGCAGCUCAAGAAAACAGCUGGAGUGCCUUUCCAUGCCAAAGGAAGAGGGCUGGUAAAAAAAAUCGAUACAACAACUCCUCUCAAAGGAAUACCAAAGCAAGCUCCAUUCAGAAAUCCUACUGCUCCAAGUGUAUUUAGCCCUGCUGGAAAUAGAACUCCAAUUCCUCCCUCAAGGACCCCUCUUCGUAAAGAGAGAGGAGUAAAGUUACUAAAUAUCUCAGACCUGAAGAUGGUUGGUGCUGGCUGGGAAGCAAAAAGAAGAAGAAAGACCGUAGAUACAGAAGUAGUGGAAAAGCAAACAAAAGAAGAAACUGUUGUAGAAAAUGCUACUCCAGACUAUGCUGCUGGACUUGUGUCUACACAGAAACUUGCCUCCUUGAAUAAUGACCCUGCCCUGGCUUCCACAAGCUAUCUCCCUGCAGCACCCAGCGUUGUACCAUCCUCUUCCUGUGUUCCCAGUUCUGACACACAGCCCACUGGACCUGUUCGGGAGCCCUUGCAAGCUAAAGAGGAGCCUACUACACCUCCCACCACUGCAGUGACAACUCAGUUUAAGCAAAGGACACCCAUGUACAACAGUAAUACGAAUGUAGCUGCAGUCACACCUACCUCCCCUGUGACACCGCCGGCUGCCCCUCCAGCAGCGCCGGCACCACAGGGCACCCCUGCCCCUCAGCAGGCGCCGCCCAAGAAAAGCCUCUCCUUAACAAGGGAACAAAUGUAUGCAGCCCAAGAAAUGUUUAAGACAGCAAACAAAGUAACAAGACCAGAGAAGGCUCUUAUUCUUGGAUUCAUGGCAGGAUCCAGAGAAAACCCAUGUCAAGAGCAGGGAGACGUCAUCCAGAUCAAGCUGAGUGAGCACACAGAAGUGCUGCCAAAGGCAGAUGGCACAGGAAGCACCACCAUGCUAGUGGACACUGUCUUUGAAAUGAACUAUGCUACUGGCCAGUGGACCAGACUAAAGAAAUACAAACCAAUAACAAAUGUUUCUUAAACAGUUCAGACCCCCAGAAUUGUAGACCAAAUGGACCAUAGGAUAAGCCAGCUUGUAUGUCAUGUGGGGACUCGGUUGAAAAACAUUCCUGCGUAGGCCUGGUUGUAAUCGCCCAGCAUCCUGGCUGUGAUUGACUGAAGUAGGAGGAGGGGACAAAAUAGGAAUUCUUUUAUUUUUAAUUAAAAGUUUGGGGGAGUAUAUAGUGAUUCAUAAGGGUUGAGAGAUUAAAAUUGAAACACUUCUGCCUUGGGAGAAAAGAGGUUAUGUUUUUCUGUUUUCUCAAGGGAGCAUCCUGUGCAAGAAACCUUCAAGAAGAACACAUUUUACAGCAGUGGUGAAUGGUUGAUUCUAUUUUAGAUUAUUGUGACCGGUUUUCCCUACUCUACUUGCAGUGCCUCGUUCCUUUCUGUAGCAGACUGUUAAUGCUUUCUGUCACGUGCAAUGGCUCCCACUGUAGUGGUUUUACCACCUGUUGGGAAAGCAUGCAGAGUAUUCCUCGAUUGGCAUACAUUAAGGGCUUGAGGGUGUAUUUUGUAAAGUGGCAUGGAGGAAAAUUGGCAUUCUUCGCCCCUUGUGAAGCCCAUUGUCGGACCCUAGUGUUUGCCCCAUAAUUGAUUUAAUGGUUUCCAUUUUAACCUCUUUAGAUAAAUGGAUGAAUGAAAUCAAGCCCUGACAUCCAAAGGUCAAACCUUCGACCUGGAUGGCAUUGAAGAUGAUUUCGUUUUGUCACUUCUGAAGUGACAAAAUGUAUGAUUGGCUUCCUUGAUUUGCUUAUACUACAAAAUGCUCUGUAAAUUGAUCAGUCCCAAGCUCUUUAAAGGGUCUACCUCAAGGUCACACAACUCGUUACAAGACGUCGAAGGCAAGGUCUCAGUGGACCUAUGCUUCUAUGUCUUUAGCUAUCAUAAUACGACAUCUUAUGUCACUGUCAUCCCUGUCUCUAUGUUGGAAUGUAUUUAGGCCAGUCACAUAGUUGUUUCCCCCCUAAUUUUUCUUGGGCCCAUCUAGUCGCCACUACUGGAGAAUUAUUCUUUGGGAGGGAUAUUGCACACCCAAAAUAAUACAUUUCAGAACGUUUUCAGUACAGCCAUUCACAGGACCUGUCAUCCUUGGGAUGCAAAAUAUUAUGACCAAGAGUAUAUCUGUAGCCUUAUCUGUUGCUUCCUGAGACUGAAGAUCUCUGCUGGGAGCAACCCUGUUGCAGCCGAGGAAGCUUCUUGCGAGCUGUGCUCUGUUUGCUGUCCUCCAAGAAAUGUCAAUCGCAAUGAGUUACCACUUCCCAUGUGAGAAUUGAAGACUUAAUGCGCCAGAACAAAUGAAGGAAACAAUUACAUUUCCUUAUGUUAUUCUUAAUUACAUUCAUAAUUUUGGAGUUGAUGUUGAAGAGGAACUUCCUUGUAGCAGCAUGGGAUAUGAGGAGGGCUUUGUGCCGACCUAGACUUAAAAUGGUGGUAAAGAAAAGACUUUAGCAAAAACUCUUAGUCAAGGUAUGCUGAGGCACUAGAUCACUUUAAAUUUAUUUAGCACAUUGAGUUUCUGGGCUACAUGUAAUUUUAGUCCCAACUAGAAUAGGACUGAAAUUAAUGGGAUUUGUUCCUCACUGCUUACACAAAUCCAAUUGAUUUUAGUGGAUGACCUCUGUUUGCAGAUAAAAUGGACUUUUUGGCCUUUUCAAACCAUUCCUCGUCUGAGAAAAUUUUAACUUAAAGACAGCUUGAAGGUGGUGUCAGCUAACCAUAAUUUUUGUUUUGGAUACAGGAUCACUUCAAAAGGCAGUGUUUUCUAUGUAUUUGUCACUGGAAGUUGUGCACAGGAAAAUUAACUCUUCACUUGUUUUCUAGCAUCUCAAUUUGCAUAUAUUAGCAAGCCCAUUUUUUUUACUUUUAUGUGAUUGCUAGCAUUGGAUUUGAUGGUUUAAAAUGAGUAAAAUAAUUUAUUUUAACGUGCUUAGCCGUGGUUUUGUCCACUUUUGCCCAUAAAAUAUCAAACUUGAUUAUUGUUUUUCAGCUGGACCUUUUGAUCAAAAUAUUAAUGGGCAAGUUAAUGUUGCUUUGAAUGACUGUCAUAAUUACAGUGAUCUAAACAAGUUGAUCAGAAUUCUUUCAUGUCACUAUCUUUAAAUAUGGAAGGUGACACAAGUCCCAGAAGAAGGGGAAAAGUAUCUUUGUUUUAUGCUUGUGUAAAAGUGUAUCUUUAGACUUGGCGUUAACAGAGCAAAGCACAUGUUAGGUUUGGCAUGAUGAAAUGCUUAUGGUAUAUGCAGAAGCUGACCAGCGUUGGGCAUCUUGACUUCUUGGACAACGUGUCUUCCCCUUUCUGUUGGAUAGCUCGUCCUCAUCCUGUGCCUAGCAUUAAAGCAGUGGGGCGAGAGAACAAAGCUGGAAAUAGAAACAUUUGGUAGAUCUGAUUAAGGUAGGGAUAUCCCAUUCUGUAAAUACAAAACCUCCAUCUCUGGUAAUCCUUUGGGACACGUUGGCUGUAAAAUGCAUUUUGUAUUAGGAAGAGAGCCAAGUAAAAAAUUGCUAUAUUUUGGAAAUGAUGGGUGUGUGUGUCUUUGGAAAUGGUUCCUGAAAACUUGGGUUUUUUCACAUAUGGUUUCCACUUCCUGUUGGGUCGCAUCUUAAGAUGCAGAAAGUACUUUCCAAUUACACGUGAUUCCUUUUAAGACAGUGGUUCCCAACUUUUGGAUCUCGAGUUGUUUUGGACUUUGGCUUCCACAAUUCCUAUCAGCUGGUAAACUGGCAGUGAUUUAUGGGAAUUGAAAUCCAAAAACACUUGGAGGACCAAAGGUUGAGAACCCCUGUUUUAAGAAGUAGAGAAAGAAGUUUUCCUGAGGGAGGGAGGAUAUAAACCAAAGGGUAUAAUUACAGAGAUGACAGCUCUGCUAUCCUAACCAGGCAACUGUAUAGGUAGGAGCCCCACAAAAAAGUGGAAGUAAGCAUUUUAAAUACUAUAUUUCUCUGUACAAAGAGAUUACCCCAAUCGUUUAAAGUCCUAAGUCCCCUGGAAGAGGCCAGAUGAAAAUGUCAGUAACCAAUUAAUCUCUUUUGGAGGUAAAACGUUGGAAAUUCUAAUUCCAGCUAUCAACCGUUGAGAUCCACUCAUUCAACAACAGUCACCUAACUUUCAGUGAGAUCUGGGCAUUGGUAAUGUCUGAAAUACCCUUUGUCAUCUUACGGUGUCUCCCAAUGAAUCAUGAAGUGACACUUGCCAAACUUCUUGAACGUACUUUGACAUCGCCAUGUGGAUUUUGUUUUCCUCCUUGGAUGGAGAGGAAAAAAAACCCAUAAAAAUGUUUUAAGCCAGAGCCUUCUAGGAAUCUUGGAACUUUUUAAAAAAGCAAUGCUGUUUUGUAAAAUGUUGCAUAUAUAGCAUAGCAAACCAUAUGUUUUCUAUCUGUUAUGUUUUUGUAUAAAUGUAAAUUCAAAGCCUCAUGUCCUUGAGUAAAUAUUUUCAACAUAGCACAAUAUAAUAAAACAUUUUUCUAAAGAAAAA